AUUUCCACUUCCCCCGGAAACCUGCCCCGAUAUCUUUACCGAUUUCCUGUUCAUUACUUUAACUUCAGACAUUCCGACCUCACUAUAAACUCCAGAAAAGAUUUUUAUUCAUUAAUUUAUUUUUGUAUUUCAGUAUUUAAUGAUUUAAGCAGCUGCUUUAGAUACACGGCGGGUUUGUGGGAACUGAAACGGAGGCCUAGAUUUAGCUUAAGCCUUAGCUUUAAUGAGUUAGCAACAUGCUAACAGGCUAAAAUGUCUGGAGUCGGUUUUAUUUACAAUAUUCUUUAUAAUUAAAUGCGUGUUUUUUCUCUCAUAUGUUUAUAAAGUGGUUAACACGUUUAAAAAAAUGAAAACUGGCUUCUGCUUUAAGACCAUUUUAAUUCUAAAUGUUGUUGCUAGGUCAGUUAGCAUAACAUGACUCCAAAUCGAAUUGUAGCUAAAUGUUUUGUUUGUGUUUUCGUCCUGAGCGCGAGACGCCGAGCACGUGACUGGACGCGCACCUUUUACUAUAACCGUGCUUUUUUGUUAUUUGGAGAGUUUUUUUUUGUUUCUUUAUAAAUUCUUAAAAAAAAUCUUCCAGUUAAAAAGAUCAAUAUGAAGUGUCCAGUUUAAUCAGGCGCAGGACACGAAACGAUGUCUCUGGUGGACCUGGGAAAGAAGUUGCUGGAGGCGGCUCGCUCUGGCCAGGAUGAUGAGGUCCGGAUCCUCAUGGCCAACGGAGCUCCGUUCACCACAGACUGGCUGGGAACAUCACCCCUCCACCUAUCCGCUCAGUACGGUCAUUACUCCACCACUGAAGUGCUGCUGCGCGCCGGUGUCAGCCGAGACGCUCGCACAAAAGUGGACCGAACACCUCUACACAUGGCUGCCUCGGAAGGCCACGCCUCUAUCGUAGAGAUGCUGUUGCAGCAUGGUGCAGACGUGAAUGCUAAGGACAUGUUGAAGAUGACCGCUCUGCACUGGGCAGUGGAACAUGGACACGGAGACGUGGUGGCGCUGUUGCUGAGGUUUGGUGCUGACGUUCACGCUCAGAGUAAAUUUGGAAAAACUGCACUUGAUAUCGCGCUCGACAACAACAACGAGGACCUGGCAGAAAUCCUGCAGGUGGCCAUGCAGAACCAAAUCAACACAAACCCAGAGAGUCCAGACAUGCUGACCAUCCACACUGCAUCACCUCAGUUCAUCAUCGGCCCAGGAGGAGUGGUCAACCUGACCGGCCUCAUCUCACCAUCUAACACAGCUAAACCUACAGUGAUGGCCACUGAGGAGGUAGUGACUGCAGACUCCGUCGACGGCGCCAUCCAGCAGGUUGUGACGUCUGGAGGUCAGCAGGUCAUCACCAUAGUAACUGAUGGCAUUCAGCUGGGAAACCUGCAAGGGGGCGGAGCCAUCAACCAGCCCAUAAUAGUCACCAUGCCUGAUGGACAACAAGUGUUGACAGUUCCAGCCACAGAUGUAGCGGAGGAGACGGUGGUGAGCGACGAACCCUCACUGAAGCGAGUGAGGCUGGAAGAAGAAGAAGAGGAGGAAGAGGAGGAGAACACCACCACACACACACAUGAGACCAAGGAGAAGGUGGCGUUGUUGAAGCAGUUGGAAGAGGCGAACAGAGAGGCGCAGAAAUACAGACAGCAGUUCCUGAAGAAGGAGCAAGAGGCCGAGGCCUACCGCCAAAAACUGGAGGCCAUCACACGACAGGGGGGGAAGAAACCUGCGUGACACACACACACACACACACACACACGUACAUGUACACACACACACACACACACUGAAACGACAUGUGCCUGUGUCAUAACUGGUUACACUCCAAUGUAAUAUUAGCAGGAACACUGCAGAAUAUCGUCUCCUUCCCUAUGUAGGCAUACAUGUAGGCUUCCCUAGGAAGGCAGCACACCCUCCUGUCUCACACACACACACACACACACACACUGUCUCAUUCAGAACACCUGCUACCUUUUAAGGGUCCCUAUUAUUGGCAUUAUUUAAGACAAUUCCCUAAUUAUUUUUAAGUUUCAUAUUGACACACACACACACACACACACACACACCUGAAUUCUUAGAGACUGUUUCUCACACACACUAAUGUUUUUUGUUGAAUUUUUAAAAAGACGUAUCUGUCCCCCAGUCCAACCCUGUGCCCUGUUCACUACCUAGUGCACUUAGUUUGGGAGAUUAGUGCGCAUUAGUGUAUAUACCACAAUGCAUUUCAGUAUGUUAGUGUCCAGUCCCUGUGUAGAGGAUACUCUUACUAGGGUGUGGCAGCUGUAGGGGUUAAGGGACAGGUGUGUGUUUUUUCCACUCAGCUGUGUUUAUGU